CCCAUGUCCCAUCAUCCGCCGAACCAGAGGAUGCUUCUUCGAUCUGUGAACAUCCCCCCCAUUCAGCACUGGUUACUCACAUCCCCCGGCAUGCGACAUGCAAGGGGGCCGGCGCAUGCAGAUGAUCUAACCAUCUCGUCCUAACGCCCCAAUCUCGCGCCGACAUGGGAUCACAAGGGCCGUCACGCAGCCGGCAAGGAAGACACCCGGCCCCUGACGCUGAGGCCGAGGACCAACAACAAGGGCAACAGUAUCAAUUUAUCGCGGUGAGUGGAGGAGAGACACGCCCGAGCGCCGAGACGCGGAGGCUGGUCCACAGCCAUGCGCAGGCCAACUAUCGGCGCCGCCAUCCUCAUCGGCCGCGCCAGACGACCUGGGAGCUCGAUGUGAGUCCGCUGCUCGACGACCCGGCGCAAAGUAAUCCAUCGGGGCCGGCCAAUCAGACCGCCAUCGGCCCUGUCACUCUGCUGCCCGCGAACCGUUCGGAUCCCUUCCAGUCCUUCGGCAUCGAGGCUGGGUCGCGGGCACAUCGCCUCUGGGACCAUGUGUACGACGGGACAUGUCCCAAAUUCCGCACCCUGAUCGACAUUGGAUUCAUCGAUCUGGUGCGAGAAACCAUCGCCGUCUCACAGAUGUUGUCCGCCUCUGCGUGGCAUCUGGUCCACUGGUGCCGAUCUGAGCAUGACUCUGGGGAGGAUGCAAGAUACGCACUAAUCACCACGCGGUCGUUACAGCAGAGGCUGAACAAUCUGGCCACGGGCACCAGUAAUGAAGUGAUAACCACCGUUUUGGCCGCGGCGGCCUAUGCGAACUUGAUCAAGGAGACCGAGAUGUUUCAGGUGCACAUGGAUGGUCUUGCAAGGAUCCUCCACCACCGAGGCGGCGAACAAACCUUGGAUCCUACCGCCGCCCUCAGACUGGCGAUGUUCUGGAUCGAGCUCAAUGGGCGCCUUCGCCAGGAUGCCGCUCCACAAUACCGCCCGCCAUAUCAUAUCCUGGCUACCAGAAGUCGACUCGACUUUGAUCUGUCCGAUGUCAGCCAACUCUCACACCAAGACAAUUUUAACACCAUCGACCAGAGCACAGCAGUCCGACACAUCUGUCAACAGUUGAGGCAACUGAACCAGAUCAUGGACGACGAGUGCACGAGGCGAGAUCUGUGGCAGGAUAGUCCAUUUGCAGUCUUCCACGUCUCCCCACUUUUGCACGACUGCCUCUCCAUCGCUCACGGGACGUUGCGUGAUGAGAUGCAGCUACGUCAACGGGAGUGCUUUCGGCUCGCCAGCAUUUUGUACCUGUGUGAGAUUCGAGCCAAGUUUGACUUUGAACCGGGCGCCGGGAUGCUUUAUGGGACCAAGUUGCGGUUGAUGGUGGGAUCCGAAGGCCUGCUAGCCCGAUGGGAGAGGUCGAACAAUGUGUUUCUUGUUUGGAUCCUGACCGUGGCGGCCUGCUCGGCGACUCUGUUUGAUGAUCUGCGCAGUCAGUUCGUUUCACUGCUUGCGGAGUGCAUUCACGCGGCGGGGAUUGCCACCUUUGACGAGUACUCGAGCCUGAUCUAUGAUUUCAUGUGGAGCCGCAGUGCCUUGGGAGAGGCAUUGAGUUCGUUAGAAGACAGGAUAAGACUCUGAAGCAAGAUAACGCCCUGUCUUGGGGUUGAUGGCAGCGACGGCGAUGACGACGUUGGCGCGUCGGGCGUGCGCGUUUCACAGGCAGAAUUGAG